AUGGCUAACGCAUGCAAGGCUCAGGAUGUAGUAAGAUGCUGCAUGUGUUGUAACGGCGGAAAAUUCCGUUGUCAUUCCUGUUCCUCCAUUCUUUGUGAGACCUGUGUAGGAAAACAUAUGUCGAGUAAAGUGAACACGACUCAUGACGUGUCAUCUCUAUCCUCCGGUUCCUCUCGGCCAGAAUAUCCAAACUGCCCUGUUCAUGAAAAUCAACAAUGUGAGAUGUUCUGUAAAACUUGCUGUUCAUCAGCCUGCAGUAAGUGCAUAACAUCCGGGGAACACAGGUCACAUGAUGUAAAGGAUUUUGCAGAAUGCUUAAGAGAAAGAAAAUCUAGAAUUGAAAAAGCAGGACAUGAAGUUAAAGACUCUUUAAUUCCAAUUUUUGAGAAAAUGAAAGAUCAGGUUGAGGAACAGCUUAAGAUCCUUCCAGCAGAAUUUGACAGUAUUGAAGAGAAUAUAUACAAAAAUAGGGACAAGUGGCAAAGAUUUCUUGAUAAUGUUGUCGAAGCUUCUCUCAAUGAUGCAAGAAAAAUGAAACUUUGCAUUCAGAAAGAUCUGGUGAGCAAACAAGAUCAUCUCCAAAACGCUAUUAAACGUCUGGACGAAUUCCUUCAGAGCUUGUCAUAUUUGCUAUACAUAUUUAGCUGA